AUGAACAGCCCUGCAAUAACUAAAAUUGAAGAAGGAGGGAUAUUGGACUACACGCUAGUAGCGGAUGCUGCCUAUGGUUUGAGGCCCUACAUCUACACACCGUAUCGUGCCCUUCCCGGUCGCGCACUUCCCGACGAGCAGCGAGUCUGGAACCUCCAGCAGUCCCGCACUCGAAUGAUCGUGGAGCAGGUGAACGGGAGGCUGAAAACCAAAUGGCGCAUCCUGGACGGGCGCCUCGAGUGCGACGUCUUCCGCGCCCCACAGGUCGUCUCCGCCUGCAUCGUGCUUCACAACAUCGACCUCAUCCUCGGCUUUCGUCACCGCCUGAACGAACCUUGUGAGCGCAACACUUGGUGGCUGGAAGGACCCGUUGCGGAAGCCCCGCAUUUCUCGCCGCGCGAUGCGGGCUUUACUCCGACUCGUCGUCGAUCUCGCCUGGCGGCGUACUUCUACGCUUCCUGGAGGCUCGGGCAUCCUGAGCUCUCUCAACCAUCUCUUGGGUACGUCGAUAACUUCAAGGCGCCAGGAAGCGGCCGGAUCAACGGCAGCACGCCGACGCCGCUGAGGGGGGCGGAUAGUGAAGAUAGUGAGGAGGGUGAGAGUGAGGAAAGAGAGAGUGAGGAGGGGGGAAAGAGGAGGGCUGCAGAUAAGAAGCGGCGAAGCGAAGGGUUUGAUUAUGACGAUGGGGUGGAGCAUGGUAGUGGCGGGGAGGGGAGUAAGAAGGCGAGGAAAGGGGGAAGCAGGGAAGGAUUUGAUUAUGACGAUGGGGUGGCGCAUAAAGGCGGUGAGGAGGAUGAUGAUGGUCGAGAGGAGAGGAGACGAGAGGAGGGGAGUAACGAGGAGGGGAGUAACGAGGAGGGGAGUAACGAGGAGGGGAGUAACAAGGAGGGGAGUAACGAUGAGGGGAGUAACGAGGAGGGGAGUAACGAGGAGGGGAGUAACAAGGAGGGGAGUAAGGAGGAGAGGAAAGGGGGAAGCAGGGAGGGGUUUGAUUAUGACGAUGGGGUGGGGGAUGGGAGUGGUGAUGGGAAGGGGAGUAAGAGGAAUGGUGAUGACGAUGAUGGUGAUGGUGAUAGUGGUGAGCUGGAGGAGAGAACGAAAGUAGAGGGUCAGAAGAGGAUGAAGAGGAGUGCAGUGCGGUACGAUGAGGAGGAGGAGGGUGAGGAGGGGGGGGGAGAAGAAGGGGUGGAGAGUGGGGGAGGGAAAGCGAAAGGGAUGCUGAAGGGUGGUGAGAGUGACGUAGGUGCAAGGGAAGAGGAGGAGGGGGAGGAAGAGGAAAAGGGGAAGAGUUUGGAGUUGGCUCAAAAAGCACUUAAAACACAUAAGGGUGGUGAGAGUGAUGCUGGGGCAGAGGACGAGGAAGAGGAGGAGGGGGAGGAGGAAAGGACGAGGGAGGGUGUCAAGAAGGGGACUGGGAAUGGUGCUUCUGCAGAGGGAAACGAGGAGGAGGAAGGACAGGAAAAAUCACGGGAGCGGGAGGAGAAGGAGGAGGAGGAGGGGGAUCAGGAGGGGGAGAGGGAGGUGCCAGCAAAGGCACGGAAGCGGCAGGAGGAGGAGGAGGAGAGGGAGGAGGAAGGAGAGGCGCCGGCACUGGUGGAGGAAGGAGAGGCGCCGGCACUGGUGGAGGAAGGAGAGGCGCCGGCACUGGUGCCGGUAUAUGAAACCAUGCACGGCAGGGAGGUGGUAUGGCAGGUGCCACGUGGCGACCUGCCACUGGCAGGAGUGGUGUUCUUCGCGCACGGGUGCACGCACCGAGCCACGCACUUCUGGCCGCCCCACCGCGCCUGCCCCUCCUGCCUGGGCCUGCCUGAAGACAUGGCUCUCGUGCAGCAUGCUCUCAAGAGACGCAUGGCUGUUAUCGCAAUUUCCAGGUGUGCGUGCCAUUCCCUCAUGUCCUGGAGACGCAUGGCUGUUAUCGCAAUUUCCAGCCUUUCCACCUGUUGGGAUACGUCCUAUCCUCCUGCCAGCUCCCUGGACAUUCCCCCAGUCGUCCAGGUUCUCACCACCUGGCGCCAGCAGCAUCAAUUCAACACCCUCCCUCUCUUCGCCCUGGGGGCCUCUUCUGGGGGAUACUUCAUCUCGUUACUAGCACACUCCUUUGACCUGCAAGCCCUCGUUAUAAUCAUCUCCAGUGGGGUCAAAAAGGCGUUUGACUCGCCGUUGCCCUCCGGGCGGCAGUUCCCGCCGACCCUCUUUGUCCACAUGCCAAAAGACGAGCAGCGCGCCGAGGCGGUCGAACGGGCGGUCGAGAUUCUCCAAUCGAAAGGCUUCGAGGCUGGGCAGAUCCCGUGCCUGGAGAAGAGGCUCGGGCCGAGCUUCCUGUCAGACCGGAUACCGAACCUAACCCCGGCAGCUUCGGAGAGGAUUUUCCAGGCGUUGAAGUGGGGAGGAGUGGUGGGGGAGGAUGGGAUGAUGGUGAGGGAUGGAAGACGGUCGGGAUGGAUUGCUGUGUUGCAGAAAGAGGGGGUGAUGGAGGAACUAGAACGGGGGACAGCAGCAGCAGUGGGAGUGGCAGCAGCAGCAGCAGCAGCAGGAGCAGCAGCAGCAGCAGGAGCAGGAGCAGGAGCAGCAGCAGCGGUGGUCGUGGCCGUAAAGGCGGGAGUGACGGCGAAGGUGAUAGUAACAGAAGAAGGCUGCGGGGUGCUGUUGGUGGUGGGCGAGGGGAGGAAGAUGAUGAGGAAGGUGCGGAUGAUAGGGGUGAGGGUGCACUUACCGGUAGGCCUGGUGUCCAAGCUACCAGCAGGAGUGGGCGGUGUGUGUAUAACUAGCUAG